AUGGAUCGGCCCAUUGUUGUCAAUUCGCUUCUAUGUUUCAUUCACAAUUACCGCCAUAGUUUGUUACCUGACCAGUUAAGAACUUUGCUUGACAAUUAUUUUCCGAAAAGUGCCCGUUUAAUGGCUCAUGCAACACUAAAUGAUCUGUUGUCAGCUAUUCCAAUUUCGAGGACCCCUGUUAAUGAUUCUAUACUUGAUAUGACCAACAGAAAUGAGCAUAUUGAGGAAAGCUGUAGUAAUAAAAGUAAUAAUGACGAUAAUGACAAAUCUGAUGAUAACAAUAGUGACUUGUUAUGUUUGUACGAUCGUGUUUGUACUUCCGAUCAAACUCCAAUCUUCGCAGCUGCUGAUUUGAAUAUUUUACCUCUACAGCUUAUUACUGAUGAAGAUGAUUCCAAAACCGAGUUACUACGUGAAAUACGUCAGUUGAAACAGUUUAUUCAGAAUGCUCUGAAUGGACGGGUUGACGAUUCGUCAACAACUCUUACAGACUGUUAUCUUUACAACGGUGUGCAAACAACAAAUGAGGAACAACUUGAUCAUAUUCUUCGCAGUCAAACGUCCUGUUGCUUGGGAAUAUCACCAAAGUCGAGCUUUAAAUCACCUGCAAACCUUUUUAUAUCUUCUCCAGAAUUAUCGCCAUCGACAAGUUCAAUAAUGAGCACACCCACUCCAUGUUUAUCGCUGAUUCCAAAUGCAUUACCGCCACCUCUAUCAUCUUAUCAUCAGAGCAUUUUUGGAUCAACUAACAGUUAUCUUGGUGCUACCUUUACACCAAAUGAUGUUAAUCUUAACAACAAAAAUAGUAAUCAAAAUGGUGGUUUUGGUAUGAGUCCCAACUGUAAUCGACGUAAAAGGGAUGGAUGUGGUAAUCGUUUAGAUGCUAUGAUUCGGAAAUUGGCUGAUCGUCAGAAAGAAAAAGAAGCUGCAGCUAUGACUACUGUGUCAACAGUUACUUUAACCAAUAGACCAGUUGGUACCUGUAUAGGCUCAGGGUCUUCUGCCACAACCAAUUUAUCAUUAUUGUCUUCUUCUUUGUCUUCAAAUUCUUCUUUCUCUUCUUCCUCUUCUUUACCAUUGUCAUCAGCUACCGCAGUUGUACCUUCGGAACGGUCAUCACCACCAGCUAAAGCUAUGUGGCAUGCGCAAAUGAUUGACCCAAUUGCUUAUGUCAGCAUGUUGCGUACGAUGUCUGGUGCUGCUGCUGUAGCUACUGCUAUCUCAACUUCUUCAUCAGUCCUUCCUUCGGUUAACAAAAUGGCGCAAAAUGAUCAUCGGUAA